AUGAAGCUAACGAUCCGCACAGGUGAAACCUUCGGUUACUAUGGUCGAGCAUGGUCUCAUGAAUCCCGAUUCGAGAUCAGUUCAUGGGCACUACAAGAAAUGCUUAUCCUCUGUGCCCCACCCCUCGUCGCAGCCACAGUCUACAUGGUCCUCGGCCGCAUCAUACGCUCCUUCGGCGCCGAACAUCUCUCAAGCAUGCGCGUCAAGUGGCUCACCUUUGUGUUUGUCAUGAACGAUGUCCUGUGCUUUUGUACGCAGCUCGGAGGUGCGGGUGUCCAGGUGACAGGUGACGAACAAAUCAUGAAGAUCGGCAAGAAAGUUGUAUUGGCAGGCUUGAUCUUCUCCUUGGUCGUCUUUGCCUUCUUUAUCUACAUUGCAGCAAAGUUCCAUCGACGUCUCCAGCAAAGGCCGACUCCUAUUCUCAACCACUAUCCCGAUCUGCCAUGGCAGCGAUACAUGUGGGCGAUCUACGUUUCCUGUGUUGCGUUGAUGGUGCGCAACCUGAUGCGAACGAUUCAGUUCGGAGCUGGCCAGAAGACCGAUGUCAACACUAAGGAGGUUUAUAUCUAUGUGUUUGAUGCUUUCUUGAUGUUCUUUGCAAUGCUUGUUCUUAUCAUCUACCACCCUGGCAGAUUGAUCAAGAGGGCUCGUCGUCUGACCAAGAAUGGCAUGUUCGAUCAGACUAGCGAUGGCAACUCAGCGCAUAUACUAUUGUCGGAAUGUGAGAUGGGACAGCGCUCAGCUAAAUGA